GCGAAACAUACGAGCCCAUACCCGAGGUGUCAUGGUUUUCAAUUAUGACGAAAAAAUCUUUAAAAGAAACAGUGGAAGCUGAUUUAUGCCUCUGGCUUGGUGAUGCGGAGGCUUUGGCAAUUAAACUAUGGGAACUGGAAGCCUUUGAAAGGGAGUGAUUGGAUUUUUGGUAAGAUCUUUUCAAUGCAAUGGAACUAGUGGAUGAAAGUGAAGAUGAAGAUGAAGAUGAGCAUCAGUACGAUGGUAGGAGGUAGGUGGAUAGGCGCAUCGUGAUUAGUCCCCACACGCUUCACACUUUGAGUAUGACUUCUCUAUCAAGACCAGUAGUCUUUCAACCACAUUGCUAUUAUCAUCAAAAGAGCCUUCUCGUCAAUGAUCAAGCGGCAAACACCCAGCAACAGUCUCAAUCCAUCAAUCGACCAUGUCUUCGCAAAACAACGAGCAACAACCCUCACUCAUAAGCGGCCAUGCCGAGUACAUCAAGGGAGCCACGGAGUCUACCAUUGGUAGCGUGACAGGUUCGCAAGCUUGGACAAGUUCGGGAGAGCAAGCUAAAUCCCACGCUGUGAAUACCAUGAAGGCUGCUGGCGACAAGCGUGACCCGGCUCAAGGAUUUGGCAAGGUUGAACAGAAACUAGGUCAAGCUACUGGCUGCGAGGGUAUGGUCAAAGAAGGGGAGGCUAGCAAAAAUUCGGAUUGACCUAGCUACUUACCUACC